AACCGGUCGCCUGCAUCCCACACACACCCCCCCCCCGGACCUGACGUCGAGGCAGCUUUCCCUAUGGCGAAUUACGUUUUCCAGAGAUGUACCGUCUUUCUUUUUGGGCUUGUGUGAAGUGGGAUCUUUGAGUGGCUUUUCUAUCGAUUCAAGUCUCCUCGGUUUCGUCCUCCUCAAAACCUGAACGAGCCGAGUCAGUCUCUCUCGUCGGGGUUUCCCCUUAUCCAAUUCGUCCGUAUCCGAUCGUUCACUGUCUCAGCGAAAGGAACGCUACAAAGAAAUCGUCAAGUUCUGCUGGGGGAUCCAGACUAUCAUGACAUCUCGGAGUUCCCCGAGGGACGAGCAUCGUCUUUCCUUUGCAAAGAUUGCUGCCAUGCCUCCACCAUCAAACCCGGAAGCUUCCGUCGUAUCUGACGAGAUGAACGGCUCUCAGUCUCCCGACGGACCGUCGUGUUCCGAACAACCCAACUCGAAAGAAGGCCCGUGUACCGCCCGAGGCGAGGCUGCCAUCGUUGAUCGAGACGUCGAUGGCCUUUCGCACGCUGUGCAAGGCGUUCACAUCGCAGAGAAGAAGUAUCACGAGAGUCCCAUGUUCUCGGCCGAGGCCCAGGACCGCGGUUCGUUGAAACGAGAGACCUCGUUUGAGGAGGACGAUCGUACCCACCUUUCCAACUCCUCGACUAAGCCAACCAGCUUUGAUUCGAAGAGCAUGGCGUCAGUGACAACCUUUGCAAUGGACGAGAAAGACUCCUUGCGUCCUGAUGAUAGCGCUAGCGUCCAGGCUGUUGAUGAGGAGGAGUCGCUUUCUGGGCCUGCCUCGGGUGCACCCAAUUCGUUGACGGGCUCCGAGUCGGGUGCCCGCGGCUUCAUGCAAAGACCACGGGCCAUACUGCAGCCGUCGGGCCCUAUCUUUGUCGAUGGUAUCCAGCGCACGAACGGUGCUAUUCUCCCAGACGCUGUCGCCAAUAACUUCGUCACGAAUGCCGAUGCUUUCCAGAAUGGACGAACCAUACAUGGGUUUCCCUCGGAUCCAGAUGAGAAACUCCUCGAGGCCAUGAAAUCCCCCAAGGAUCGUCUUCUGAUCUUACAACUAGAAGAGAAGGUUCGACAUUUCAUCCAGAAUUCCAAGGAGCACUCUUUGGAGCUUCCGCCAUCAAAUGCUUUUGGGCGACUUCUUGCGCAUAAACUGGGCGAUUACUAUCAUCUAACCCACUUUGUGGACAAUAAUGUCACGUCCGUCCGACUACAUAGGACGCCGUUUUGUCGGCUGCCCACGCCCCUCUCUAUUCUCCACGCCGCAAACCAUAGCACCCCGCCUCCAGCUAUGCCCGCAAUGAAAAUCAUGCGCCGUCAUGAUGGUGAGCGACCUUCUACGGAAGGUAGCAUCGCGGCAAGCUCCUCCGUUCCAUCGAAGAAUGGAUCCGAAGCGGGCGACAGUGGGAACGAUGGCGAACGGGGCGGCUCAUCCGCCGGCGCGACCCCGGCCAAAGAUAGGCUGACGUUAACCCGAGAGGAACGAGAGGCGAAGUAUCAGGAGGCUAGAGAGCGAAUUUUUCGCGAUUUCCCCGAGUCCAAGUCGGCAGAUAAUACGAAUGGCGACUCCAGUGCCAAUAUGUCACGCUCGAGCUCGACGAGUGGCCGCAAAAAGGCGCACCGACAGAAGACCCCCCACGAUGACAGUUUCGAGGCUCGGUCUCAAUUCAACGCAUACUACCCUGGGAUGCCCUACAACAACGGGUCGAUGCCUUAUGGCGUGGCGAUGAACGAUCCGUCUUUCCCCAAUCAGCCUUGCAUGGUUGGGCCUGGCGUGUCUCCACCGGGUAUGGGCUACCCUCCUAGUGGGCAGACAGCCCCCAUGUACUCCAGUCCCAUGAAUAUGAAUGCGAUGCCUCAUUACUCGAUGCCUGUUUCUCCCCAGAUGACGCCGAGCGGUCCGUGGCAGAAUGCGCCUGUACCGCAGCAGUCUCCCUAUUCUGGAUAUGCGACUAUCAACCAAUCGCCGGCGAUGGCAUCCACCAAGUCCUCUCCUGCACUGAGCAGCUACCCUAUGCCCAACUCGGUCCCAUACCAGCAGCCUACUCCCGGCUGGUCCACCCCGCCUUAUCACGCCGGAUAUCCACAACCCACACCUCGCAACCCGCCGCCGGCUGCGUGGGGAAAUUAUCAGACCCAGCCCCCCACUCCCACAUCGUUCCCCUAUCCGCAAUAUCCCGGACAGCCCUUGAGCCCCGGCAUGCAGAACCUCUCGGGCCCCCACCCCUUGCCCGGCAGCUUCAAUCGGUCGCCGUUCAACCCUCAAACACGUUCUUUUGUGCCCGGUGGCGCGACGCUAGCGCGGCAUCCAAGCAAGAACGGCCAGCAUGGUAUGAGUCCGUACCCCGGCAUCCAAGCAGGCAUGCAGCCGCAGUGGCCCGGAUUUCCGGAUGUCAACAAGAAUAAUCAGGAGGCUUCCGGGUCGGCAGGCCAUGGCCCGAUUCGCGGGGUGCCCGUCGGCGGUAGAGAUUCCAUUACCAAAUGGGGGACACCAUCCCAUCUGCCCCCCAAGCCACCCCCGUCCGAGGUUCCUUCUGACUUCGACUUGAAGCACCGGAGUGGCCCCAACUCGACAAUUCCUUACUCGGGCAACACGCUGCCAACCGCCAAGAAUGGACCGCUGGUUGUUUCCGGCGGAACAAGCUUGCCAAGGGUAAACUAGCGCCCAUCUGCCUUUCAGCGCAAACUGAUGAUGUCUCCGCGGGGGGACACGCCUUCUCCAAAAGUACAUAUCUUUCAUCGUUGUUGUGGUGCGUUGGCUGUGAUGUGGGUCUUGACAUGGCUGUUCUCUAUCUCUGGAAGAUUAGGAACGGGAGCUGAAGAGGACAUGGUGUACCCCUGGUCACAGGACAAAAUGAUUUGGCGAGCUCAAUCCAAUUUUCCGAGUCCUGACUGCACCGUAGAAUCACUGGGGCUGAAGUCUGGGGGUUUCAGGGCGUCGUUGGGGACAUAGUGGAAGCUUGACAUGCAUGUACUUCCGCCUUGCCAUGUUUUCUAGAUCUUGCUGGCUCAGGGGGUGGUGAUAGUGCUUAGAUACAUAAAGUGUAUGAAUCAAGUCGUAACCGAUCCCAA